CCACACCCCUGCCACUGCAUUGGCCUCAAAAUCUCCUCCACCCAAUCCAUAAUCCACUCUGCCCCUCUUUUUGAUCCUAUUCUCUCACAUUCUUCACCUCUCGCUCCUUGACCGCACCCCCCCAUAAAUUAAUCUCUCAUUCCUGAGAGGAUCUUUCUCCCCCACCAUCUGUAUCUGCUUCUUGGCGUUGGUUCUUGAUCAGCUCUGCAACAAUGGCUGCUGCAGUGACUGCUUCAGUGUCUCUCCCUUCCUCCUCCAAGUCUACUUCUCUCCCUGCCAGCAGAACCUCCAUCAUCUCCACUGAAAGGAUCAACUUCAAGAAGGUCCCUGUGCAUUACAGAGAUGUGUGUGGUGGUGGGAGGAUGGUGUCUGCCAUUAGAGCACAGGUCACCACGGAGGCUCCAGCUAAGGUUGUCAAGGAGUCCAAGAAAAUGGACGAGGGUGUGGUUGUGAACAAGUUCAAGCCCAAGAACCCUUACAUUGGAAGGUGCCUCCUCAACACGAAGAUCACUGGCGAUGAUGCUCCUGGAGAGACCUGGCACAUGGUCUUCAGCACAGAGGGUGAGGUGCCAUACAGAGAAGGGCAAUCGAUUGGGGUCAUUCCUGAAGGUAUUGACAAGAAUGGGAAGCCACACAAGCUGAGACUAUACUCAAUCGCCAGCAGUGCCCUUGGUGAUUUUGGAGACUCCAAGACUGUUUCUCUGUGUGUGAAGCGGCUCGUUUACACCAACGAAAACGGAGAACUCGUGAAAGGAGUCUGCUCAAAUUUCUUGUGUGACUUGAAACCUGGGGCAGAAGUGACGAUCACAGGACCAGUUGGAAAAGAAAUGCUUCUGCCUAAGGAUCCUAAUGCCACCGUCAUUAUGCUUGCCACCGGUACUGGAAUCGCUCCAUUUAGGUCUUUCUUGUGGAAAAUGUUCUUUGAGAAGCACGAAGACUACAAGUUCAACGGCUUGGCUUGGCUAUUCUUGGGUGUGCCCACAAGCAGCUCUCUGCUCUACAAGGAGGAGUUUGAGAAGAUGAAGGAGAAGAAGCCGGAUAACUUCAGGCUCGAUUUUGCUGUGAGCCGAGAGCAAACGAAUGAGAAGGGUGAGAAGAUGUACAUCCAGACCCGGAUGGCGCAAUAUGCUGAAGAACUGUGGGAGUUGCUCAAGAAGGACAACACUUACGUCUACAUGUGCGGUCUUAAGGGAAUGGAGAAGGGGAUCGACGACAUCAUGGUCUCGUUGGCUGCUAAAGACGGCAUCGACUGGCUGGAGUACAAGAGGCAGUUGAAGAAGUCUGAGCAAUGGAACGUGGAAGUCUAUUAGAUCCUUCUGGUUCAUAUCGUAUCAUAUCGUAUCUCUCCUUUUUUUUCUCACUUCAGAAAUCCUUGUGUAGAUAGGCAAAGUUUACUGUAAUAUUCUAUCUUUUUUUGCAUAUUUCUACUUCAAUACAAGCAGAAUAUGUUUGCCUUGGCCUCUACAAAGGAUUGUACUUUUGAGAUCCUAUGUACCAUAACUUCAUUUAUAUGGAUGCCAACUUCGACAA